AGGAACACUGUAUCAUAUGCCUGCGUGGGAGAUGUAACAAGUGUGUGUAGUGCACCAGUACGACGAAGUGUCAAGUUUGGAAUGAGUUUGUAGGAUUAUUUUGCAGAGGAAAAGGUUCCACCUGCGACAGAAACAACAAUAUAAACAGUAUAAUUUCCUCAAGGGUGGUUACAUCGAAUCGCUGAUCUUCGCGGGGGAGAUAAUGUGGGAGCAAGAUGAAUUCGAAAAACAUUGGAAGAAUGAAUUUCCUGACGGAGAAGCACCUAAAAUGGAUUUAACCUCGGUGGAAGAUGUCGAGUCAGAGCUGGAGAAAUGUAAAUCGAAUCUCAAAACGCUGCAGCAGGCGCUGUUGGAGGAGAAAUUCAAGGUGAUAUAUUUCCAGACCACCAUCGCUCGACAUAAGAAAAGUUAUGACAAGGUGAUGUGGGAAGACGGUAAAGACGAAAACUUGAAUAUUGAACAUUUAUUAUCAAGGACAGAAACGGAAAGAAAAUCGCUGAUGACAAAUGAAAAGCUAGACAGGGAAUGUAUGAAAGUUCUUGGUAAUGGAAGCAUGAAACUGCAGACGCCAGGCAGCAGAGGUACCAAACCAGAGCCGCCGAUCAGGAUCAGUAGCAGGACAAGUAAACCUAUACCCCCCGCGCCCCCGCGCAAGUCCAGCUUCCAGAAACAAGUGAAUACGAUCUCAUCCGAGCUCUCUCAAGCGGAUGGAAACUGCAUCGGCCGCAUAGGGAAAUUGAAUUCCGUGAGCGAAAGCAACAGCAGAGAGGCCAGUGACCACGAAUACGAGGAUGCGGAGCUCAAUGAGAAUUUCGUAAAGGGCAACAUGGUAACCCCCAAAACGACCGUCAGAGACAGCCAGAGGUCGAACACCCACCGGGACACCCUGCGCCCGUUGCGCCACAGCAGGGACUUUGACUCCAGUGAUGAUGGGAGGUUGUCUCCUUCCUGCAUUCCUGCGCACUUCAGGGCAUCCCGUACCGGUGGGUCCGGGCGCAGCACUCCAGACAGACGCAGUGAUGGCAACUUGAGUUCCGACCAUGAAGACUCCUCUUCAGACUUCAACUAUAACACAGACGGGUAUGACGGUGAUGCAGCAGAGGAUCAUAAGAGUCAGGACGGUUCAGAGACCAUGCCCUUCAUAGAUGAGUCCCCCACCAUGUCCCCGAGCCUGUGUGCCCGUGGCCCCGAUGGAGAGGCCAUCUCCCCCAUCCCCCCAGAGGGCCUGCUGCCCGGGGGGGACAUAGAGAAGGGUCUGGAGAUGAAGAAACUGGUUCUGUCUGGCUUCCUGGCCAGUGAGGAGAUCUACAUCAACCAGCUGGAGGCUCUACUACUGCCCAUGCGCCCCCUGAAGGCGACAGCCACCACGUCCCAGCCGGUGCUGACCAUACAGCAGGUAGAGACCAUCUUCUAUAAGAUCCAAGACAUCUUUGAGAUCCACAAGGAGUUCUACGACGCCCUCCUCCCUCACAUACAACAGUGGGAUGAGAAGGUCGCAGUCGGACACCUCUUCAAGAAACUGGCCAGCCAGCUGGGGGUGUACAAGGCCUUUGUUGACAACUACAAGACAGCGGUGGAGACAGCAGAGAAAUGCAGCCAGGCCAACACCCAGUUCCAGAAGAUCUCUGAGAACCUGAAAGUAAAGGGACCCAAGGACUCUAAGGACUGUACCACAAAUGUCACCAUGGAGGAGUUCCUGGCUGAGUCCUUGGAGAUGAAGAGACUGAGACGAAGGCUGUUGAGUCAGUACAAAGCAGGAGCUGGGAGUUUUUUGGGGAGGGGGAGAAUAACUCUCCUGUACAAGCCGAUUGACCGUGUGACCAGAAGCACACUGGUUCUUCAUGACCUGCUGAAGCACACCCCUAAGGACCACCCAGACUUCCCCCUACUGCAGGACGCUCUGAGGAUCUCCCAGAACUUUCUGUCCUCCAUCAACGAAGAGAUCGACCCCCGCAGGACCGCCAUCACCACGCCUAAGGGAGAGGCUCGUCAGCUGGUGAAGGAUGGUUUCCUGGUGGAGAUGUCAGAGGGUUCCAGGAAACUGCGUCACGUCUUCCUCUUUACAGACCUGCUGCUCUGUGCCAAAAUGAAGAAGACCUCUGCAGGGAGACAACAGCAGUAUGAGUGUAAGUGGUACAUCCCCCUGGCAGACCUGACCUUCCAGUUGCUGGAUGACUCAGAUGUCUGCCCCCACAUCCAGGUGCUGCCUGAACACGAGAUAGAGGAAAUAAAGAUCAAGAUCUCAGUCAUCAAGAGUGACAUCCAGAAGGAGAAGAAAGCGCUGAAGGGCCAGAGUCGUAAUGUGGAGCGUCUGAGGAAGAAGAUGAAUGAGCAGGAGUCCUGGCUGCUGUUACACUCUCCCACCAUCCCCUUCCGCAUCCACAACAAACACGGCAAGAGCUACCUGUUCCUCCUGUCUUCAGACUAUGAGAGGUCAGAGUGGAGGGAGAGCAUCCAAAAACUACAGAAGAAAGAUCUGCAGACGUGUCAGUUGAGCUCUGUCGAGCUGCAGGUCCUCACCAGCUCCUGCUGCAAACUCCGAACUGUCCACAACAUCCCUGUCACCAGUAAUAAAGAUGAUGAGGAAACCUCAGGCCUGUAUGGAUUCCUCCAUGUGAUUGUCCACUCUGCCAAAGGCUUCAAAGAGUCAGCCAAUCUGUACUGUACCCUAGAGGUGGACUCUUAUGGCUACUUUGUCAGCAAGGCCAAGACCCGCGUCUUCAGAGACACCACUGAACCACAGUGGAACGAGGAGUUUGAAAUUGAGCUGGAGGGUUCUCAGUGCCUUCGGAUCCUGUGCUACGAGAAAUGUUACGACAAGACCAAGCUCAACAAAGAUGACAAUGAGAUCGUGGACAUCAUCAUGGGCAAGGGCCAGGUGCAGCUGGACCCCCAGACGGUGCAGUCCAAGAACUGGCACGUGGACGUCAUAGAGAUGAAUGGGAUCAAGGUGGAGUUCUCCAUGAAGUUUACUAGUCGGGACUUGAGUCUGAAGAGAACGCCCUCCAAAAAACAGAGUGGGGUGUUCGGGGUCAAAAUCAGUAUUGUGACAAAGCGUGAGCGCUCCAAGGUGCCUUACAUAGUCCGUCAGUGCAUUGAGGAGGUGGAGAAGAGGGGGAUCGACGAGGUGGGAAUCUACAGGAUCUCAGGGGUGGCCACUGACAUCCAGGCCCUCAAAGCAGUAUUCGACACCAAUAGCAAAGACAUCCUGGUGAUGUUGAGUGACAUGGACAUCAACGCCAUUGCAGGGACUCUGAAGCUGUACUUCCGUGAGCUGCCAGAGCCCCUGCUCACUGACCGCCUGUACCCAGCCUUCAUGGAGGGCAUAGCUCUGUCAGACCCUGCAGCCAAGGAGAACUGCAUGAUGCACCUGCUGCGCUCUCUGCCUGACCCUAACCUCAUUACCUUCCUCAGCCUGCUGGAGCAUCUCAAGAGAGUUGCUGACAAGGAGCCCAUUAACAAGAUGUCCCUCCACAACCUGGGCACAGUGUUUGGCCCCACCCUGCUCAGACCCUCUGAGUCAGAGGUCACCAAGGGACACAUCACACUGGCCUCUGACAUCUGGUCACACGACGUCAUGGCGCAGGUCAGUGUGACUUGGGUCCAAGUGUUGCUGUACUACCUGCAGCAUCCUCCCAUCUCCUUCGCUGAGCUGAAGCGGAACACACUCUACUUUUCCACUGACGUUUAAUCCCUUGGGGGUCCAGAGAGAAAGACUCAACUGCAAGUCCCCCCACCCCCAUACCACCCAGCUCCCUUUUAAAACUGGACAGCCCCCGCUGGGAGAAGAGAUGGAGUUAGACGUGAGGGAAGAGGAGACAUGGUGCUCCCCCUGGAUCCCAUAGUCACGUCUUCUAGUGUCAUGUUAGUGUGCAGUACAUCCAUCUGGUGAAGUGCAGGUGUGGAGGGAGCAGCAGACCUCUGGCCCACAGUAACCCCACAGACAGCCACCAUUCUGGGACCUCUAUCAGUAAGGGGUUAAAGGUCAGGGUCUGGUUUGUUACUGACUCCAUUUCUCUUUUUUUUCUUCUCCAGAGGCAUUCCAAGAAAAAUUGCAUUUACAUAUUUUAUAAAUAUUAUUUGCUCAAUAGUUCUUUUGUUUCUAUCUGGCUUUGUGCAUGUGGUGGAGGAGGGCUCUGUGUGUAUGUAGAACCGCGUGGGAACGUUAAAGCAAGGAGCUGAGGACUGAGCUUGCAAGCCGCCAGUAAAUGGUCACUGUCAGAUUUUCUCUCCAUGUGCAAAGACGAGAGCACAGCCCUCCCUCUGUCUGAGUCUUGGCCAAAUUUGCCCCUAUUAUUUAUAAAUAAAUAUAUUACGUGUGCCUGUACAGUCCAGUACAAUUAGAGAAUUGCGCAACGGAGUCUGUUUGAAGUUUUUUCUUAGCUUAUUCUUAUUCACAGCCAAGGUUGGCUGAGCUGUACUGAAACAGUGUAAAAUCUGAACCACUCUUUAAAGAGAUAUCAUCAACCUGUGAGAUGAGGGUUAUGGAAAAAUGUAACACAUUUUUGAACAUUUGCUUUUUUUUCGUCAUUACAUUGCAAGCCUGUUCUGAGUGUCCAAUGACACCAGGUAUAAUCUAUGGGAUGAUGUUUGUAGUGUAAUGCCCUCAUUGCAUGUUCAGCUUGUCAAUCAUAUCUGGCUGGCUGACAAAGGUAGGUUGUCACUGCUAGUUUGUUGCACCAGCAAUCUCCAUCAAUGCUGUACAAAUCCAACCUUUCUGCUAUCAAGCCUGAGACAUAUCUUAAAAUAAGCACUGUUAGAUGAGUCCUAGUUGAUAUUUUAAAUAAGAUUUAAAAUAAAACAUGUAUUUUACUUCCUUUGAGAACAAUGAGUAUACUGUAUUAACAAGGAUAAAUGUUGAUGUAAACUUCUUUUUAGUAAAAUAAGUGUACCAAAAUGAAGUUGUCUAACUUUUAUUGCAAGUAAUUCUUUUUUUGGUACUUCUGUUUUUGUUUGGUUUGGUGCAUCCUACUGCACUUUGUGAUAGUUGGGAAGUGACAUUCAUGUAUUAUAAUUUUAUCCGUACUGUCCAAACUCAAUUUUUUGCGCUGCAAUCUUAAGUAUUCUGAAUCUAUUAAGCAUGCAGUUACCAAACAAAUCACUAGAAUUAAAAAAUGAAUACAAAACUACAGGAGCAAUUGGCAGUGGUUUGUUUUAAUUGAUAACCAGUCCUGCAAUUAAAUGACACAUCAAACCCACAACUCUGAGUUCAUAUUAUUCACCAUGAAUGAAUUUGAAACAUGUGUAGAUGUUAUCUGGGUGGGCACAUCCAGUCAUGUAAUGCAUUGUUAUCUGGGUGGGCACAUCGUCAUGUAAUGCAUUGUUAUCUGGGUGGGCACAUCCAGUCAUGUAAUGCAUUGUUAUCUGGGUGGGCACAUCCAGUCAUGUAAUGCAUUGUUAUCUGGGUGGGCACAUCCAGUCAUGUAAUGCAUUGUUAUCUGGGUGGGCACAUCCAGUCAUGUAAUGCAUUGUUAUCUGGGUGGGCACGUCCAGUCAUGUAAUGCAUUGUUAUCUGGGUGGGCACGUCCAGUCAUGUAAUGCAUUGUUAUCUGGGUGGGCACGUCCAGUCAUGUAAUGCAUUGUUAUCUGGGUGGGCACGUCCAGUCAUGUAAUGCAUUGUUAUCUGGGUGGGCACGUCCAGUCAUGUAAUGCAUUGUUAUCUGGGUGGGCACGUCCAGUCAUGUAAUGCAUUGUUAUCUGGGUGGGCACAUCCAGUCAUGUAAUGCAUUGUUAUCUGGGUGGGCACGUCCAGUCAUGUAAUGCAUUGUUAUCUGGGUGGGCACAUCCAGUCAUGUAAUGCAUUGUUAUCUGGGUGGGCACGUCCAGUCAUGUAAUGCAUUGUUAUCUGGGUGGGCACAUCCAGUCAUGUAAUGCAUUGUUAUCUGGGUGGGCACGUCCAGUCAUGUAAUGCAUUGUUAUCUGGGUGGGCACAUCCAGUCAUGUAAUGCAUUGUUAUCUGGGUGGGCACGUCCAGUCAUGUAAUGCAUUGCUUAAUGACUUUAAAUAAACCAUUUACACCAGUGA